GUGUUCAAACAACCUCUUUCCCUCCACUCCACUUCUCCCAUGACCGGCUUCCUCCGUAAUGGAUACUGCGAAGUCCCAUCGUCCGACUUUGGAAACCACGCCGUUGCCGCCGAAGUCACGGAAGAGUUCCUCACUUUCUCCGCGGCUCAAGGCAACGACCUGCGCGUCAUCCCAGGCAUGAAAGCAGGCUGCAAAUGGUGUCUCUGCGCCUCACGAUGGUUGGAAGCAUUCGAAGCGAGAGGGCGCGAGAAGGAUGGGGACAAGAUUGUUCCCAAGGUGUGGUUGAAGGCGACGAAUGAGAAGGCGUUGGGGAAGAUCAAUUUGGAGGAUUUGAAGGCUUUUGCAAAGGAUGCCGAAUGA